AUGCUCUUAUCUAACCAGCAUGUGGCAUUUCAUCGACCAGAGGAUGGCAGCAGCACAAGUAAGAACGAAACUUUCAUUGACGUUCACGCUCCAGCAAAAACAUACUAUACUACUGGAAAUAAUGCUGGAUCUAACAUCAACAGAUUGAGAACGUUUUCCGGACAACAUCAUUCUACCAUAGAUACCCAAUCAUAUACACCGCGUAGAAGACGAGGAUCAACUGACGAUAAGAGCAAAGCUCGCAAAUUUCUCAUUGAUGUGAAAGAAACACAGCGCUUUUUAGUUGAACAAGAAGAUACGGAUGGUGAUUUCCAAAUAACAGUAAAUGACCUGGGCCCCAAAUCAUUUUUACUGGGCAGUGCAGACUCUGGGGGCUUUCGUAAAAUUGACAUCCGUGGCACCUACAUGCUCUCCAACUUAUUACAAGAGCUUGCACUUGCUACUGACUGUAACCGAAAUUAUAUUAUUUUGGAUGAAGCGCGUUUGAACGAAAACCCUGUGGACAGAUUAUCCCGCAUGAUCAAACAUCAAUUUUGGGACGGCCUGACAAGACGCAUUGAUGCAGAAGGCUUGGAAAGAAUCUGUAUGGAUCCCAAGAAUCGAACGGCUGAUCACCAACCAAGAAUUUACGUGCCCUUUGAUGAGGAAGAAGUCUAUCGCUAUUACGAAAAGGUGGCCAAAGUAGAAAAACCUCAUCUGGGAUUAGAAGUGGAACGAUUACCUCAACAUAUUACGCCAGAAUAUGUGCAAAGUAUUAAUGACAAGCCCGGUAUUCUAGCAUUGGCGUUAAAGAAAAAAACAAAGAAGGUCUAUGACGGCAAUACAUCGUCCAUCACAACCACUUUUGAGGGCGUUCCUUUUGUUGUGCCCGGUGGCCGGUUUAAUGAGAUGUACGGUUGGGAUUCUUAUUUCGAGGCUCUCGGACUACUCAUUGAUGAGCGCGUUGAUUUGGCUGAGGGAAUGGUAGAGAACUUUGCUUACGAGAUCAAGCAUUAUGGCAAGAUACUCAAUGCGAAUCGGUCGUACUACUUGUCGCGAUCUCAACCGCCUUUCCUGACGGAUAUGGCCAGACAAGUGUACCUGAAGAAGGUGGAGAAACAGCACACAAGCGACAUAGAGAAUCAUAAAGCUUGGUUGCGUCGUAUGUUGCAGGCUGCUAUGAAAGAAUAUCAUACUGUUUGGAUGGCAGCUCCUCGCUAUGAUACCAAAACUGGGCUUUCUCGUUUCCGUCCUGCUGGCAAGGGCAUUCCUCCUGAAACAGAGGCUUCUCAUUUCGAUCACGUCAUUCAACCCUAUGCUCAAAAAGCGGGUGUGAGCAUCCAAGAACUCAUGAAACAGUAUAAUGAGGGCAACUAUGUUUCACCUGAACUCGAUGAAUACUUUUUGCACGACCGUGCUGUACGUGAGUCCGGCCAUGACACCACUUAUCGCUAUGAAGGAAGGUGCGCUAACCUAGCCACUAUUGAUCUGAAUGCCCUUUUGUAUAAAUAUGAAAUGGAUAUUGCUGAAAUGAUUAACGAACAUCUCGAUGGCGUUUUAGUUGAUUACGACAAUCAACGUCAGGAUGCCAAAGUAUGGUAUGAACGCGCUCAACAACGUAAAGAACGUAUCAACCUAUACUUAUGGAAUGAAGAGAAGGGCAUGUAUUUCGAUUACGAUACCGUAAAGAAGGAGCAGAGCGAAUAUGAAUCAGUGACAACAUUUUGGGCAAUGUGGGCUAAGCUUGCUAGUCAUGAACAGGCAGCUAAGAUGGCCGAGUCAGCAUUGCCGAAAUUUGAAGUGAUGGGUGGGUUAGUGUCUGGCACCAUUGAGUCGAGAGGCAUUAUUAGUAUAGAUAGACCUAAUCGCCAAUGGGAUUUUCCAUUUGGCUGGGCUCCGCACCAAAUUUUGGCUUGGAAAGCAUUUGAGAACUAUGGGAAGAUCGAUAUUCAAAGAAGGCUGACUUAUCGAUGGUUGUACAUAAUAACAAAAUCGUUUGUUGAUUUCAAUGGUGUCGUCCCUGAAAAAUACGAUGUCGUCAGUCUUACACACAAGGUCCAGGUGGAGUACGGUAACGUUGGUACCGAUUUCAAAUAUGUUCCUCGCGAAGGCUUUGGAUGGAUGAACGCAUCUUAUCAAAUUGGCUUGAGUAUCAUUACCACACAGAUGAGACGCGCCUUAGGUACUUGUACUAGUCCUGAUGCCUUUUUCCAGCGAUUGUCAACAAUAAACAAGUCGGAGCCAGACCAGCAACAACAAGCGAAAGAGGCAAAGGAAAUCACGCAAAAUGGGUAUGAUACAGCUGCUAUUACUACAGUGGUUGCAACACCAACAACUGCUGUACAAGAUCGUAUCCAAUCCUCAGUGUCUUCCAGCGUACAGACACCCGCAUUAUCUCAUGAAAAUAGCACCAGCGAUCUUAGUGUAUUAAAUAAUGAAGUUGAAGUGGAAGCUGAAGAAGAAGAGGAGGCUCUGAAAACGCCAAAAGAAGCGUUCGCUGAAGAAGGGGAAGCUACAACAGGUUAUUUUUUCACAGGAUAG